AUGUCUAAUGGGCCGUCGUUCGCUGAGUUAGAGGCAGCUGCUGGCGCUGUCAUUGGAAUUCUUAAAACCAUCCCUGAGUUCUCGAAUUCCAGGAUCGCCAUUAUAGGUGGUCUAGGUCUCUGGAGAUAUAUCCGUUAUUACCGCACCACUGAGGAUGUCGACUUCCUCAUAACUGUCCAGGGGGCUCCCAAGGUGGUUAAAGACAAGCUACUUGCUAUGCCAUCAUCCCCAUUCCAACAAAAAGCUCAGCUAUUCUUCUACAAUGGAGCAAAUGGCAGAUCAAUUCAGAUCGAUAUCACUCCUGAUUGGCAGUCACCCUACGUACCUUCUGCAGCGGUACCGAUAUUGGCUGUUCGACCGAAUGCCCUUCCGUAUAUAUCGGAACUUGAUCUGCUCGUUUUUAAGAUCAACAGCUGCGGGUUGCGACCCACACAUGGAAAAAAGUUGCGUGACGCAACUGAUGCCGUAGAGCUGACAGAAGAUCUCAGUUCCAAGGGGUCUAUUGUGCUUUCAGCUUUUCAGAAGGUGCUGUACUUCAAUGUCUGGAUGACGUGGCUCAGAUAUCUGGGAAAGGCAAGGCGUGGUGGAUGGCGAAGCUGGCGCUGA